AUGACACGGACGUCUGUCUACGGCGGCGCCAUGCUGGCCUUUACCGCCUCCGCCGCCAUGACCGUCGCCGCCACCCUCAUCCCCAACUGGGUCUACUACGUCAUGUAUCCCACCGCCGACGGCAGCGACCCCUACUGGAUGUCGCUUGGUCUGCACAAGUCGUGCACGUCCGAAAACACCGCACCGCCUCUCUUUCUAACCGACACCUCGCCCGCGUCGCCGCUCACCUCUGCCUACUCGUCUGCCGGAAGCGGCGCGACCUGCCGCUCCUUCCCGCACCGCUCUUGGGACUGCGGCGCCGAACCCUCGCAGCAAGUCUUUUGCACCGUCUGGCGCACCAUUGGCUUUUUGAUGGCCGUCGCCCUUGUCGCCGAAGUUGUGGCCCUCAUCGGCUUUCUCGUCGUCCUCUGCGGCGGCCGCAUGCGCCGCGACUUUGGCUGGCGCGUCCUUGUGCCCCUCGUCGAGGCUGUCGCGCUCCUGCAGCUCGGGGCCAUGGCCCUCGUGACGUACCUACUCGACCACGAUGAUCGAUUCUUGGUGCCCGGCUGGCACUUGGGCACGUCGUGGACGCUGUGCACCGUGAGCUGGAGUCUGGCGGCGCUGUGCGGACUGGGCCUGGCACUUGCGGCAUAUGUACUGCCGCCCGAGGACGGCUACGAACUGCUGCUUAACCCCGGCGAGUCGCCUUAA